ACGCUCUAUAAAACUAGAAAAUGGGUUUGAAAGAAGAUCUCGAGUCGAAACCUCCAUGCCACCCUCGUGCUUGUGCUAUUCAAGAUUGUCUAGCAAAGAAUAAUUACAACGAAGCAAAAUGCUCACGUUUUAUUGACGCUCUGUACGAAUGUUGCGAUGCAUUCUAUCGAAAGCAUGGAGACAACGCAACGAGCGUUAGUUGUCCCAAAGCCAGCCUCCUUCGGUUGAAAUUGAGGCAAAGGCAGGAAGAGCAGAACAGGUGAACGGCUAUGGCUUUACGGGCGAGGGCGCAUCGCGAACAUUUAACGGCGGAAAUAUUUUAUCUGUCACCCAUCACAGUUUAUUCUUGAGCAGUGUAUAUAUCUGAAGGUACUUAGGUAGCAUGUUCGACAUCUCCUUAUAUGCGUCAACCUAGACAGGAAGCGAGGCAACAUUUAUGAAGAGUAGAAAUCGUUCUAGGCGAUCAUUGAGCGCGCAAGAGGUCCUUGAAGGACCUGGAUAAGCAUUGAAAGCAAUAGUUGGCUUAUCCCGAGACUCUAAUAUGAAUGCCGAUGAC